AUGUCCAAGAUGGACAAGUCACAGGAAUUACUUAAAGAGUUUAAGGAGGUAGUUAGGGUGAUCAUUAUUCUUGCCACUCCGCUCUCGAUCAACUCCCUUAGCCACCUAAUAGACAGAGAGUUAGAUGAUAUUAAAUGUCGAUUAGACCAGCUCCACUCGGUGCUUAGUUUAGGCUCCUCUAUCUAUUAUUCCGAGAUUUUCUUUUGGAUCACCACAAAGACAAAAGCAAAUUCUAGAUUAAUGGACAGCCUAGAGAAAAAUAUCUACAAACUACCAAGCGAAGGCACGCAAAGGAAUAAAAUUAGCGAUGAUUCGAUUUAG